AUGCCGCCCACGACCUCGCGUCGUCGCACUCGCAGUGUGGUGCGGCUGGAUAUUGAGCAAAGAAAACGAUCGCGUAAUGAAAAGCUCAAGAUGGCGUCAAUUGCGGCUCUCCCAGUACCUGAGCGGCCACCGCAAUUUGGCAACGGUGUCUGGGUUAACGAUCGAUACAUGAGAAGAAAGAACCGAGAAUACUUGCAUGCAGUUCAUGCAGCCCAGGUUGCGCUAGCUAGUGAAGAGAUGCCUGAGGAGACGCAAAAGCAGACGGCUCGAGAGAAAGUGGAAGAGGAGGACAAAGAGGAGCUUGAGUCAGAUAAAAUUGAGAAGUCAAAAGGUGAUCACAAUGACUGUGCGCUUAAAAAGACGAAAAAUUUAGAGCAAGACACGCUAGAAGAAAGGAAACUGGAAAAGAUGGAAUCCAUAUUAUUUGAGACGGAGAAAAGUCGUGUUAGCCCUAGAUUAAAGUCACCAGAGAGAGAUUUAGUGGAAAAGUAUGCUGUGUUUAAAGCCAAAGAGAUAGUCGAAUUAGAAAAUACAAGUGGCGCUGAAGUAUCGCUAAAGGAACGAUCCCAAGAAUCAAGUGUUAUGUCGCCUUUGGAGACGAUUGGACAGAAAUUGCACGAGACAAGCGGCAUUGACCUGACGCCAGAGAAGAAUACACCUCCAGUACUUUCAGCAAAUAUACCAAUUAAAAGUGUGGUAAGAGGAAUUGCCCAAAGUAGCUCCUCAGCCUCGAACAGAAAGCGCAUGAUUUCAUUUUCCCCUGAGCGUGCACCACGACCAGAGAAUCGAGCUCUAGCAUUAAAAAAGCUUGAGAAAAACCUUAAGACAAACGAGAAAUUGCAGCAACGACUUCAAGCGCCUACACCAGUGAAAAGACCCGCAUCAGCGCAGAUGACAUCUCCAGUGUCUGCAACUCAGAUUCGACAACCCUUUAGUUUCACAAGUCCACAGCCACGUCGACCAAUGACAUUGACGAGUCCUGAGACCAAAAAAACAAUGUCAUUCACUAUUCCGAAUAAAUUGUUAGCUAGUCCACUUCAUCAAGAUCCAGUCGUUCAAAGUCCGUAUAGUGCCGCAUCGAACUCACUUCGGUCGAGUCAGACGGAAGAAUUAAAUUAUAAUCCAACGCAAGAGAAACAAGAAAUAACAAACGACUUGUCUUCAAAGACUGAGCAUGCUGACGUUGGUUCCAAAUCAAGCGUCGUGAUAAAAAAAUCUCAUAGUAUCGAUGAUCAAGACGAUUGCUAUCACAUCAUUCAUGACGAUGGUGAAGUUAUUAUGCAGUCUCAGGAUGAUGUGGGUCUGUCUCAAGAAUCUUUAAGUAUUGUUAACAGUCACGUCGACCCGUUGUCUCAAGAGAGCAACAACAUGUCGCCUCUCGAUGAAGCCACCGCGACUGCUGCUCAGGCUGAUACGACUUUGAGAGCAUUUACAAGCACUUCCGUUAUCGGCGACGUUGGACUUUUUAAUUGCGAGGUGGAUGUUGAAUACACAGGUGGUGUUUACGGUGAAGGUACGGACGGAAAGGUGACUGCAGCUGUGAUCAACGGGCAGAAAAUUGCUUUAAAGCGUGCGAAACCGUAUGAAGGGAUCCCUGAGCACGAGGCAAAGCACCGCGCUGCGCUCGAACUUCACUAUUUGCGCCGCGUGCGUCAUAUGAAGGGUUUUCUGCAAUGUCUCGGCUUGUGCGAUGCAAUUGAGCACACAUGCAUCGCGCUGGAGGUCAUGGACUGCAAGCUUAGCGACUAUUUAAGACGAUACGGUGUGAAUUUAGGAGGAUCGAAGCACCGACGCUAUACUCUCUCGUUUGACGAUACCAAGGCUAUGUUGAAGCAAAUCUGCUUGCCUAUGAUUACCCUUCACGAAGAUAUAAACGUUGCUCAUGGUGAUCUUGCGUGCCGAAACAUUCUGAUGCGCACGCCGCCCGAGGGCUACGAAAAAAGCUGGGAACCAGACAUUAAAUUGUCAGAUUUUGGUCGCAUCAAACUUCCGUCUGAUGAACCAAAAAUUCUUGACUCCUCGUUCAGUUUUCACAAAAAUUGCGACGUUGGUGCGUUUGGCCGAGAAAUUUUGUAUCGCUUGCUCGUUGGCGAGAUCGUGCCAAAAGAGUUCAUUGAGAUGCGCAGCUUGCACAAACUGCUACAAGACGUGACGGUGACGAAUGUCUCUGAUGCUGCUAAAGCUCGAUUGGGUCCAUACUACAAUCUUUUCAUGCGCUGUACAGCAUGGGGUGUGCGUCCAACAUUUCGUGAAAUUCAUGAACACUUGGACGAUUUAGAAUAUUUUGAAACUACCGAGAAUGGACUUUUCCCGUUGAAGCCAGCUGCUAGUUCCGACCCAAGUUUCAUGUCUCCUGUUGCCGAAGUAACUCGGCACAAGACUCCGACGUCCAGUGCUUCGAGAGUACAAAAGCGUGAUACUUCCACGGGCCAAAGUUAUCGUUCUACAGGGUCAAAGUCUCGAUUGUUUGCUUCGAAGACCUACAACGACGCGAGCGUUCUGAAUCCAAAUAAACCUGUCAAUUGGCUUAAAACACGUUCUGUAGGCGCGCAGCGGCCUACCUCGCAACAGCCACUGACACCAACCGCACAUUCUUUACUAGCUAAGAAUAAGAAAACUCCACCUUCUGCAGGCGCCAGUGCUGGUACGGGUGCAUCACGGCGCUCGCUUCAAAUUCUGAACCAGAUUCAGCAUAGGACAAACGAAAAGGGUCGCAAGUCGAAUUAA